AUGGCCAAGUGCUAUAUCCUAGUAGCUAUUUUAAAUGUUCUACAGCAUCAAAUGCAGGAUGUAGAACUAGCUUCGGACAUAAUGCUAAGUCUAAAGGAGAUGUUUGGUGAGCAAGGCCGUUCUGCUAGGCAAGAAAUUAUGAGGCAGAUUUAUAAUACCAAAAUGGCUAAAGGUACUUCAAUAAGCGAGCAUUGUCUUAGGAUGACCUCUCAUCUGAAUACACUGGAGGUUUUAGGUGCCGAUAUUGAUGGAGAAUCCCAAGUGGAUAUGAUACUCCAAUCAUUACCAGAAUCAUUUAAGGAAUUCAGACUUAAUUAUAUUAUGAACGAAAUGAUUUAUACAUUGUCUGAAUUAAUGAAUGAAUUGGUGGCAGCAGAAGGCAUUCUUGAUACAUCCAGUGUUGGUGCUAAUAUGGUUGAAGCUUUUUCUUCUCAACCUAAGUCGAAAGGUAAGGGUAAAAAGAGGAAGAAGAAUGACUUCACCAAGCAAGAUGGUAAAAAAAUUUCCUUAGGAGUUUCCAACAAGGGAAAGAAAAAGGACUACGCCAAAGGAAAGUGUUUCCAUUGUGGCGAGAAAGGUCAUUAG